AUGCAAAGGGGAUCCGUCAAUAUAGCGAUUCGUGCAAACAACCUGCAGAUCAUAACCGGUCGUUCUUCCCAUAGAUACGGCAACACCCGCGGCGCCGAGAGCGCGCGGAUGAGGGAGGCUGCCUCGGAUGGUGACGCUCCUAAGCGAUCCUAUCCUGACACUGGCAUCGAUGCCGGCAGUUUUCAGGGAAACGGCGUCCUAAGGCGGAUAACCGAUGUAACCGAAACUUCAUCUACUUCGGAAGCUUCGUAUGUGGCUCAAUCCGAGGCCCAAUACGCCGAGGCUGAGUACGACGACCAGUACGACCAGUACGACGGCCAGUACGGUGACCAGAAUCCAUUUCAAGAAGAACCAGGGCCACAGGUCCACAGCCCGACCUUAGAUCGGACUCAACGGUGGGAAGAGAGCGACGGCCACCACUCCGGCCGACACUCCGGCCACCCUCCUAACCGACGGUAUAGCCAAAGCUCGUACCCACUACAGGACCCACGCCAGCCAUACAGACACCAUGGCGCUGCGUGCGAGGUUCCCAAUGAACAUCGGGAUGCAUACGGAAAUUAUAGGUCGCCAUUUUCCGGCCAACCGGCUAUGACAAACCCCCAUGGAACAUUUGUCCGCGGAGGCACGUAUACGUCUCCGCUGACACAGCCUCUACGCAUACGCGACGAUCCUCGCUUCAAUAUAGGAAUGGAUACUUCCAUUCCGGGCAUUGAUAGACAAUUCGCCUCCUUAGGCCUGUCAGACGACUUACGCUACGAUCAACGACCCAGCCAAAGCCGUUUCCAUCAUCGCCCCCCGCCAGGCUUCUCCUGCCGAGGCGACGUCUAUCCCGCGCCGCGAACAUUGCAUCGUGAGCUGGAACCGAGUGGCUUUUAUAACGACGAUACGCCUAUUCCGGUCAAGAGCGACGAUGGGACCGAUAAUUGCAGUAUACUGUGCGAAGACUCCAUCUCCUGCGUUGGUAGACAUCGCCGUGCACAUCGCAAGAGCUCGAGUAAGUCCCAGCCAAAGCCCCGACACAAGGAUCAUGACCGUAAUUCAGACCCUACUGCUCGGCCACGUUCAAGAGAGCGACGCGUACCCCGUCCGGCUCCGGCAGAAGAAUGCAACCUUCCGCGUGCUCCGACGCCACCUCCUUUCGAAGACCCGGAGUCUGCAGCGGCCGAACGGACGUACUACGGCCAGCAUGCAAACCUCGCUGGCCGCCACUAUUGA